AGUCCACGUAGCGGCUACGUUUCGUAGCCAGUACUGUUCAUUUGUCGGUGUAUGUGGUAUUUGGUGUAAUAGUUUGUAACGGAUGUGUGUAUUAUUUAGUGCGGUACUCGAAUGAUGUGUGUGUUGGAUACAAGGAGUUCCGAGCUUGCCGAUAAACCUGUUUGAUGGUUCGGAAAAAUGGUACAUUUUAUUGACAUUCUUCUGAAAUGCGACGACGCUCCAACCAGUUAUUCAAGAUGAGAUGGCGACAGACUGGCAGCAUGGGCAUACAACUAGCGGCGGCCAUAUUCUGCAUGCUGCCUCUCUACACAUCAUCCACGGGAGAUAUACGGCAUCACGGCAUAUCAAGAGCUCGCGGUUGGCGCGCAGGCGUGCAGCCGUCCGCUGACGUAACAGCUAACAAUACGGUCAGCAACAUCACCGCACAGCUGGGCGGUACUGCCUACCUCCACUGCCUUGUCGGGCACUUGAGCGAAAGAGGGCAAGUGUCUUGGAUAAGAAAGCGUGACUGGCAUAUCCUGAGCUCUGGGAAGUUCACAUACACAAACGAUGAGAGGUUUCAGGUCUUACACGGUGAAGGGUCUGAAGACUGGACCCUACAAAUCAAGUUUGUGCAGAAGAGGGACAAUGGCACUUAUGAAUGUCAGGUGUCAACCAGAACAGGCAUCGUGUCCCACUAUGUUCGAUUGCAGAUAGUGGUGCCGGAAGCCUUCAUCCUCGGCUCAGGGGAACACCAUGUGGAUAUGGGUAGCGUCAUCCAUCUCAUCUGCAUUGUUGAAAAGAGCCCAACACCGCCACAAUACGUAUUCUGGUACCACAACGACCGUAUGAUCAACUAUGACGCGACGCGGGGCGGGAUAACGGUUGAGACUGAGCCUGGCGCCCGCACGCAGUCCCGGCUGACAGUCCGAGGAGCCACGCUGAAAGACUCCGGGAACUACACCUGCAGCGCGAGCAACACUGAGCCCGCUUCCAUUCAUGUCUUCGUUUCGGAAGGCAGCAACAAGAUGGCUGCUAUACUCCGACGCAACACUAGCGCUAUCCACGGUAUCACAACCAGUGGCACCUGUCUCCUGCUCCUAACCUCAAUACUACUACACUUCGGUCUCCGAUGACGUUAGUGCGGGACGGCAGAUAUUCAGGCACUGUAUGAGAGAAAAGGACGGAUAUAGGAUGCGAAUUGCUUUUUUAUUUGAGGCAUUUUUUUUUUAUUCGUGUGAUUUUUUUUGUUUUAAAGAUUAACUUGAUAUCCAGACUACAAGUAUUUGUGGAGAACUUUAUUAUUAUUGUUUUCUUUUUUUUACUAGGUAUUGUUCAAUGUAAGCUAGAACCCGCUACUUACUAGUAGUAAAGCAAUCAGUUAUUGUCUCAAUCAACAGACAAACAGACUGGAUUCUUUUUAAUAAUGUCUCGAUUUGAACGAUUUUUAGCUUUAUAUUUUUUUUUAAUGAGUAUAAUAUAUUUAAAAUACGUAAACCCAACCAUUUACCCGACUGUUUAAGAAAGAGAAUUACGUUUGUAUUCUUUCAAAAAUGUCAAUCUCAGAAAGUCCUCAUACAGUGCCAACAUAGAAAAUUAAUUUAAAAAAUAAUAAUAAUAAACCAAUCAUUGAAUUGUAACAUAAGGUUUAUUGUAACAUUAUGAAAUAAUUAGUUUACGUAACAAAUAUUAUAUAAAGACGUAACUUAGUUACUUAUUACUUAAAUUAAAAUUUAAUAUAGACACAAUAUUGUACAGGUUAUUGAAACAAUUACUAGUAACUAUAGCUAAUAAUAUUAUUAUGAAAUAUUGCUGGACAUUUGUGAGAGAAAAAAAAUUGUGAAACUUUAUGAAAAUUGUUCUGAUGGUAUAAGUCUCAUAAAGCUGUGUACACACCUGUGAAUGUAAUUAAUACUUUAUAAUAUUUAUAGAUAUUAUCAUAG